AUGGCCGAGAACGCAAUUCGCAUCAAGACCGAUCCCGAUCCCUACGAGGCCUUCAGGCUGGCACAGGCCUACCGAGUCGGCGACCUGAUCUUCGUCUCCGGCCAGGCCGCGAUCGACCUCGACGGCACGAUCGUUGGUGCCGGUGAUUUCGACGCUCAGGCCGAGCAGACCUUCAAGAACCUGGCCGCGGUGCUGGAGGCCGGCGGCUCCAGCCUCGCAAAAAUCGUCAAGGUGAACAUUUACCUCAAGGACAUGGGCAACUUCGGCAAGAUCGUGGCGCUGCGCGAGAAAUAUUUCACGCCGCCCUACCCGGCCGACACCAUCGUCGAGAUCACGGGGCUGGCGCUGCCCGAGCUCGAAAUCGAGAUCGAGGCGAUCGCCAUGGUCGAAGGCGAGAUCGUGGGUUAG